UAAUUAUCUCAUCAACCAUUCUACUUUUCCAAAACAAAAUGAGUAACAAAAUGUCACCACAUUUUCUCACCUUCCAACUCUCACUACUACUCAUAUUCCUCCUAUGCACCACCAUCACCACCACCAUAGCUCAACCGGCACCCGCCCCCGGACCACCACCUCCCACCAACAUCACAAAAAUCUUGGAAAAAGCUAGCCAAUUCACCACCCUAAUCCGCCUUUACGGCAUAACCAAAGUUGGUGACCAAAUAAACACACAACUCAACAACUCCCAACAAGGCAUGACCGUGCUAGCACCACCCGACAACGCCUUCUCCAGCCUCGCCCCAGGCGUGCUAAACUCGCUCAACGACCAACAAAAGGACGAACUCAUUCAAUUCCACGUCCUCCCAACCUUUAUAUCCACGGCACAAUUCCAAACCCUAAGCAAUCCAUUGAGGACACAAGCCGGUGAUAGCACUUACUAUAAUUUCCCAUUGAAUAUUACGACUAACGGCACCUCGGUUACUUUAAUUACCGGUGUUGUUAAUGCCACGCUGCAGAAUACGAUCUACACUGAUGGUCAACUUGCUGUGUAUCAAGUGGACAAGGUGCUAUUGCCCAUGAACUUGUUUGGUCCUCAACCGCCAGCGGCCGCACCCGCACCCGAGCCCGAAAAGAAGAAGAAGAAGAAAACUGGGGAUGAUGAUACUCCGGCUACGGACAGUACUGUUAGCUCGAGUGUUGAUUUACGUAUUGGUAUGCAUGGCUUGAUGGGUGGAUUAAUUGGUUUCAUUGCAAUGUUUUAUUUGUAACAAUGGACGGUUGUGAUGAUGCCAUGACAGAAACGUGAGGUGGGGCCAUUCUUUUUUUGCCAGCUUUAUUAUUUUUUUUCUUUGAUUGUGAAUUUGUGAUUGAAGGUUAAUUGUUUUGUGUGGUGAUUGAUUUUUGUAAUCUACCGUUAAUUUUUGUAUCAUGUUUUUCUUUCUUUUUUUUAAGUUGAAAUGAAAUUCCAGUUUUCAUA